AUGCCAGACUUUCGAAAUCCAAAUGCUGAGUGGCACCUGGAGCUUGAGGUGGCCAUGGAUGCCCUGCGGGGCCAUUUCGGUGCUGAUCUUGAAAUUGCAGAUGCAAUGCCGCUGGCAGUUGGGGCUUUGAAUGCCCCCUUGAAUGUGGAAGAUGCUCAGAAGCGCCUUGCAAGUGCUGAAAGUGGAGCUAUUCUGCUGUCUGGAGGAUGCAACUGCCUGUGGGGAAGCCCCACGGCUUCCAACACUCCGAGUGUCAAGAUCAACGUGGAGGCGCUGAAGCAGGCGGCCAGGAACCAGUGGGGUAAUGGAGCUAUCACACCUUUGCUUGAACCUGUUGACUUCAUUGUGAAAGAGAACGGCGAGUACCAGCGUGUCAGCCCAGAAGAACCCGUUCAAGGACUUGUUUGGUUCAUCGCUGAGAGGAUCGGCCAGGGAGCCGAUGAGCAGGAGCUCGGUCAAUGGAAGAAGGUGUUGUUGAGUGGACCAGGCCGCAUCAUGAAAUUGGAUGGCUUUGAUGACAUCUAUUUUCACUCCGUCAACCGACGGAGGCGAACAGCUGACACGGCGAGGUCCAUUGUACACCUCGCAUCCCAAGUAUGCUGUGAUGUGUGGCUAUUCCGCAAGCGGAAAGAAGCGGCUCUGAAUCGGCAUUUGUCCAAUGCAGAAGUUGCUGAGAUGUACAAGGCUGGCAUGGCCGACUGCCAGCAAGACGAAGAGCCCAGGUCGGACGAAUCGGUCAUUCAGAAAGCCUGCGUUGUAUACGAAAAGGUCCUUGCCCACGAGAAGAUUUGGAAAUUGAUUCAAUGGACAGAAUCCCAGUAUGGCACCUCUUCGCCAUUCAAUUCCAUCAACAAAUUGAAUGAUAUUCAGGCCAAGUGUGGCAGGCAGACCACAAAGCUGGAGUUCUUUUUCAGUCUGGCGUGCUUUGGUCUGAAGAGCGAGCAGAUUGAAGUUGGAGACCUGAGCGCCAAAAAGCUGAAAGGCACGGCUGGCCGAUCUGGGAUGAUUGAUGUCAUCAUGAUGAAGAAGCAGAUGCGGGACUACCUGACCGGUCGCUGGCUGGAUGAGAAGAAUCUUGUUUCAGAUGGCAAGCAGGCUGUCCGCAAAAUCUUUGGCAGCGUUGAGGCGUAUCAGGAGGAGUAUCUUGAGAACGAGCGGACAUGGCUGUCGUUGCUCCCACCUUCCUGCAGCAAGGUCAUGGACUUGGUUGAGUAUUGCUUCAGCUUCGACUCCUCUGAGCUGCCGUCUGUGCGCAAUGGCAUCAAAGCCGGAAAAACAGCAGAAGAAGUCUUGGCUGAAUAUCAGCCGUACAAGACGCUGAUCGAAGAGGUCGACGGAGCUUUGACCACGGAAUCCGGCCCCAAGCAAGCUGCUCCUGAGGAAAUGCAAGAAAAUGCUGACGCUCAGACUCCUCAGAAACCAGCAGCUGAAUCAUCAUCUUCGGGGCCGCUCUUGACAAUUCACCAGGAGGGGAUCCAGCUGGAGUCUGUAGAAGAAGGCUGGUUGGCAGUGGCAGAACGCACAAUCUCCAAGCAGUGCUGUUUGAUCGUUGAGAAGGGCCUUACACAGAACCAGUUGCAGACAGCCCUUCAGCGCUAUUCGUUGGCCACUGUGAAGAGCAAUUCAGCAGGAAACUUCCUGAUGUACUUUGAUGCCAAUCUUUUUGGCGAGGCAAUCACAGCGCCGCACAUCAGGCGGGCACCUUUGCAAAACACGGUGAUCUCAAAGAUCUUCAAAGCCGUCAGCAAGACGCGAGAGCAGGAGGACCAGCCAGGUCUUCUGCCGCCGGGUGACAUUUUGGUCAUUGUGGACGGGGGCCGAAAGAAUAGCAGCACUGUCUUGGGCUAUUUUGGCAUGACCAAGGAUCGCAAGGCAUUUGACAAAAAGAAAAAGGAACGUGAUGGCAAGGUGGUGUACCGCCAGGUGAUCUUGACCUUCGAGGAGAGCAGCGUAGCUGCAAGAAAAUUCAGGAAGAAGAGCAAGAACGAUUACCUGGCAUGCUCCCAGGGGGUGCACAUCUUUUGGAACGGCAUGACAGCCAUCGCGCACAAGAAGCAUCUUCAUUUCAGUUCCUCGUCGAACGCCAGCGAUGUUUCGGGGCCCAUUAGCCUGCAGGCUUACCUCAGUUUGCCAAAGCUGACGGUGAAGCAGAAGAAGGAAUUUUGGGGAGCCAGGAGGAGGGCCGUGGGCGGAAGGACCGCCGAUGACGGUUCUGAAGAUGGCGAGGACGAGGAGGACGAGGAAGAUGAAGCUGAGGACGAGGCUGCUGAAGAGAUUCAAUUGCCAGGAGUGGGCUUGGGGCGAGGAGCAAAAGGUCUCAGUGAUGAAGUGGCGCAGCCUGUAUGCUACCAGCAAUUGCCGCCCUUGGUGGCAGAGUCUUUUGCCCAUGCGUACUCGGCCUUGGCAGUGUUGGAUAUGACACCAGGAGUCGGUGACUUUGCUAUCUCCUCCAUCUUACGCCACACUGGCUAUGUCGGAAUCUGCCAAAUGGAAUGCCAAAAGGAAUUCAUCAUGGUCAGAUUGAGGAAGGCUCUUCUGGCAGCGAUGGCCGAUCCGCAGAGCAAGGUGUAUGCACCAGCCUUUGCCAGCACUACCGCCGGUGCAGAGGUUCAGCAAGAGAGUACCUUGGCAUACGAUUUCGGUGAAGGCAAGAAGAGGGCUGCUGAGGAUGAGCCGGCCCCAUCAAUGCCGAAAGCAAAGCCCAAAAUGUCUGCGCCAAAGAAGGAGAAGGAGACGGAGGCUGAUCCCAAGGCGCUGCCGAAGCCAAAGGCGAAGGCGAAGGGCAAGCCGGAUCUUUCAGAGAAGCUUGCACAGUUGUUGGCAAGGAGCAAGGAUGGGGGCAGCGACGACAAGGCGGACAAGUAG